GCAGCCAGGGCGCACAAAACAGCACGCACACUAACAUCCAUCCAUACAGACAGAGGGACACACUGCGCGAUCCUCCCUGUGUGAAGAGGAAAUGGAAUUCAAAUAGGCGCACUACUUUACCUUCUGGACUGAAUAUAGUGACUGUCGCUUUGGAUUCCUCAACUUCACGCCCAGACACUUGACGCCAGAGAAAAUGUGGAGAUACACGAAUUUGUUCGCCUGUCUGCUGGUCUUGUGUAAGGAUGUGUCUUCACAGAGCAAGAUCUUUGGAGAGACAGAGCCUGUUCGGAUGACGUCAGAGGGUUCAGACUGCCGCUGCAAAUGCAUCAUGCGCCCUCUGAGCAAGGAUGCCUGCCUGAGGCUGCGGAGCGGCAGCGUACGUGUGGAAGAUUUCUACACGGUGGAGACGGUCAGCUCCGGAUCUGACUGCAAGUGCUCGUGCACAGCUCCACCAUCCUCCCUCAACCCUUGUGAGAAUGAGUGGAAGAUGGAGAAGCUGAAGAAACAGGCCCCUGAAUUACUUAAGCUCCAAUCUAUGGUGGACCUCCUCGAGGGAACUCUCUACAGCAUGGAUCUAAUGAAAGUCCACUCCUAUAUCAACAAGGUGGUGUCUCAGAUGAACACCCUAGAAGAGACAAUCAAGACAAACCUCACACGAGAGAAUGAAUUUGUUCGGGACAGCAUGAUGAGCCUCACCAACCAGUUUAAGAGAUAUGAGAAUUACUCCAACAUUAUGAUGAGCAUCAAGAAGGAGAUCUCCAGCCUCAGCCUGCAGCUGCUACAGAAAGACUCCUCUGAGAGCAAAGCACAGGACACUAAUGAUGAGAAAACCAAGGAGGCUGUAAAAAUACCCAACAAAAAGACCCCUGGAGCCAAACCCCCACCCAAACCACCCAAAGAAAAGGCCGUAAAGCCCAAGAAAGAGGUCAUUAAACCUGGGAAGCCGGUCAAGCCUGACCCUACUGCCAAAGCCAAGGUGGUUGGCCAUCAGCCUGGAGUGGUUAGGGGCAUCACAUACUACAAGGCUGCCAAGACCGACGAGGAUGAGCACAGAGGAGACCAUUCUGCCAAAACGUACACGGUCCAUCACAUCACAGAAAACCAGUCAGAGGACGGAGGAGCUGAAAUGGUCCUGGAAACAAUUGAGGCCACCGUGGCUGAACCCAUUGCCACCACCGCAGCUCCGACCACAACAACUACUACCACCGCCACGACUACUGGCACCACAACAACCAGCACUACUACACCAACUACUAUCACCACACAAGGUGCACCCGCUUCUGAAAGGCCAGCUCCAACCAUUGUGCUGGUGCUGGACAACUCCAACAACAACAGCCGGCCCAGUCUCCACAGAGCAGGGAAGAUCCUCAACUGUGAAGGGACUGUAGCAUCCAUCGAGCAGCCAGAGAAGCAGCACAGUUAUGGACGCAACGAGGGAGCCUGGAUGAAGGAUCCCCUGGCUAAAGACUCCAAGAUCUACGUCACCAACUAUUACUACGGCAACAACUUGGUAGAGUUCCGCAACCUGGACAACUUCAAGCAAGGCCGGUGGAGCAACCUUUUCAAACUGCCUUACAACUGGAUAGGUACAGGCCACGUGGUUUAUAACGGAGCCUUCUACUACAACAGAGCCUUUACCAAGAACAUCAUCAAGUAUGACCUCAGGAUGCGGUAUGUGGCGGCCUGGACACUGCUGCACGAUGUGGUUUAUGAGGACACCACUCCCUGGAAAUGGAGGGGCCACUCGGACAUUGACUUUGCUGUGGAUGAAAGCGGCCUGUGGGUGAUCUACCCUUCCAUGGACUACGACUACAACCAGCAAGAGGUGAUCAUCAUCAGUAAAUUGGAUCCCGGAGACUUGUCAUUGAAAAAGGAAACAACCUGGAGGACAGGUCUAAAGCGGAACUCGUACGGGAACUGUUUCAUCAUCUGUGGUGUCUUGUAUGCCGUCAACGUGUACAACCAAAAGGAAGGUGAGGUGAACUAUGCUUACGACACCCACACCAACACUGAAGCCAUCCCGCGCCUGCCCUUCACCAAUGAGUAUUCCUUCACCACCCAGAUUGACUACAACCCCAAGGAGAAAGUUUUGUAUGCCUGGGACAAUGGCCAUCAGCUCACAUACCGAGUUAACUUUGUCGACCAGUGAGCACAGUUCACAGUAGGCCUGCCAGUACGGCACCUAAAUAGAAAGAAGAUGCUCAGUAUUUGACAACCUAGACGCAGCCAUAUUGGACUCAACAAGACAAAGGAUGAACCUACACCAGCCUUCCACUACCAAUGCAUGCUAUUCAAACACCUGACCUCACAGUGUACCGAACAUACAUGCCUCAAAAGUGUAUUGGGAUGUGACUGUACAAUAUGUCAAUAGAGUGGACCGUGGACAGUGGAAAUAACCUCACAGGUUGAGUUAAAGCUCAUUGGGCAGAGCUUAGGAAACCACAGAGAUGUCUUUUUAUGUUCAUUUAUGAAAUGUCAGCAGGCUGGCUAACUAGCAGACAGAUAGAUGGCUAUAUAUGGUCCGUUUAAAUUAGAGAUAGCCUUUGUGACAUCACCUACAUUGGUCACGUUGGUGUCUGGGACCACACCUUGAAGCUUGCAUUUCUGACUCAUCACUAGAUGUCAUUUUGGUAGUUUCUGAGACCUGAAAACCCAAAUUUGGGUGGAGGCAUGAGCAGUGGCUGAAUGAGAUGGGGUCAUGUCAAUUAAGCAGAUACUUUCUAAAACAUGAGCUUUACUAUCUUCUCAUUAUCUCAUUAUUAGACAUAUAUGGUUAAAUGUAAGUUAAAGAGGUCUUGGUUGCUGUAAUCAUUUCUCCUGUCCAUGCUGAUGUGAAAUGACCCCCUCCUGACGCAACAAAGACUUUGGAUGUGGAUUUUCUAUCCAAUCUUUUUAGAGUGGAGUCACUCCACCACCACUAUAGACAGGAGAAACCAUUACAGCAACCAAUAACUCUGUAAACGUUCAUUUGGGCAUGUGCGUGUUGUAAUAAAACAGACACUAAUAUUUCAGAAUAUACCCCCUAAACAGAAACUGAAAUUGUAUCCUUAGAAAUUACUACUAAGACACAUAUAAUAGGAGUAAAAUUAUCAAGUCAGUGAGGCCAUAUCAUCCUGUAGAAAAGCGGAGAGUUCAGUCAGAGACACUUACAGUAUGUCAAGGAGUUGACCAUGUGUGGCAAAUGGUUUGCUUAAAGAAUCAGAGCAGCAAUGAGGACUCUGCUUGGACAACUAAUCCCCCUAAAAUAAACAGAUACAUGAAUGCUAAAUCUUAAUAACCUUAACGCAAAAUGUGUGCUGUGUACAGUAACAAACUAUUAUCUCUGUUUCACAAUACAUUUUUAUUAACUCUCAUCUGCCCGAGUAUAUACUGCUCCCCAACAUAGGCAUGGUUUUUAGACAGUUGUGAGGCAAGACUCAGUACAUCUCUUGAAUAAACUGUGUGAAUGUAUUGUCCUGUUAGCAACCUUAGCCUAUUGUUAGCAUGAUACUGCAGCUUGACUGCUACACAGUCCUGCAAGUACUCACUGUAGUCUCAUUUCCACUGCAUGGUACAGCUUGGCUCCACUGGACUUGACUCACUUUUGGCACCAGCUACAUUUCUCAUUUUCAUUUUCCACUGCAGAUGGUGCCCCCUCAUUGUAGGCGGGAUUCUUAGCUGUUCUGAUCACAGUGACGUCACAUGAAACUGCCAUGAUGUCAUGGCAUAUGCGACAUAAAGACAGGAACAAAGGAGGAAGGGAUUUUGUUUUUGAUUCUCAAUAUGUGGCUGUUUUUGUCUCACAGGAAGGAGACAAACUUUGUUUCAGGCUGGGCUUAAAGGAGCACAGACGAUGAGACAACUCUGGUUGCUCAAUGGCAAGCAAGUGACAAUUCUAGUGAGGAGUUCCUCUGACCCAUCAGUGGUCUGCAAUGUUUUCACUCCACCAUUUAGUACUGGUUCAGCUCGUUUGGAACCUUGACCAAGGUGAUACCAAAGAAAGUACCAGGUACCAGGUACUGUACCCAACCUUUGCAUAGAAAACCAAAGAGUAAGAAUUCCAAGUGAGUCAAGUUGAGCCUCUCUAUAAAGAAAUAUCUGCAUAUGAAUGCAGAAUCUGGAGGAAAGGGACACGAUUUUGGAAUCGUAAGCUUCCAUUUGAGGUCUGUUUGCAGUCCAAAUAGUAUUGACCAGUCACGUUUAGAGGGCUUUCGUUGCACGCAGGUAAAAGGUCCAUAUGAAGAUCAAAACUGGUGGAAUACAUCGGCUGAAAUGAGCCCAUCUGCUAUUGUCUGAUGACAGUGUAGUGUCUUAUUAGCUUAUUUGGCUUUCUUUGUUUAUCUGCAUUCAUAUGAAGAUAUCUGUUUAUAGAUUGGCUGAAUGGUCGUUUUUGUGUCUGAAAUUGCACACGAAAGAGGAAGUCACGGACCGGAAAUCCAUUAUCCGGAUACCCACUGAUUACGCCGAAAACCCCAAAACAUUGGUCAUUGCACCCACAGGCUAAAUUGUCGUCAGACAAUAGACGAUGGCUCCCAAAAUAGAGUCAAGACAUGCCGCAUCAUGCAGUGGAAAUGAGGCAUGUGUCACCAAGCCUCUAGACUGCCAAUUUCAUGUCCAUGUGCAGAUGAAUUGUGCCACUUUCAGGUGUGUCUGAGCCUUAAUAAGGACAAGGGUCAUAUUAUAAUGGCUGAACUGCACAUCUGCAUGACGCUCCUAGCCAGCUGGUAGCCAAGUGGCCGAUGAAUGAACCGGUGAUGGUGAAGGUUUGAUGAAACAGCGGAUGCAUGCAGCAGAUGCAUGCAGCAUCAGUUAAUGCAAGCACAACUGCAGUGCCCUACCUGAACACUGUUUUGUAUUUCUUCAGUCAUGACUUUUCUUGAAACCAGCGUAUAGUUACAUUUAAUGCAGCUUAAGAAGUUUGUAUUUACCUUCAGUAUUCAGCUAUUGUUGUAAUAACUUUGUUUGAACUCCUAAGUUUUAAGUUAAGAUGACCUAACUCGCUAACCUGCUAGCAUUGCAUAGCAUGGCUAGAUUUAAAAACCAUCACAAGGCUUUUUAAUCUUAGACACUCUUCUUUUUUAAAUGCACUUCAAAUAUUUUUAACCAGGUAGUGUGAUUUGACCCAACCCCCAACAUUUAACUCAACCGUUGAGAUUAUUUCUGCCUUCAGAGUAGUGAGAAAUGUUUGUGGAACUAAACUAUCAGCUAUUAUUGCCCAUCUACUCCAUCCUAUCACCAAGCACUUUGAUCAUGAAUCUGCUUUGAUUAUUAUUCCGGCCUCAUGAUGCUUCCUGUCUCUUUACCAUUGAUGUUGUUUUGAGGGAUGUGAUGAAUAUAGUAUGAACUCCA